CCAAAACAACCUAAAAAGAUAAAAUCUCAAGAAAAUACAACUAAAGAAAGGUAUGUCACUUCUGUAUUUGAAAACCAAGAUACAGGGGAGAGAAUUGAAGGCAUCUAUGGGGUUUUUUUCUCUCCCAGAAUACCUCAUUCAAGAUGGCUACCAAUAUUGGCAGCCAUCUUGAAUGAGGCAUUCUGGGAGAGAGAAAAAAAAAACACAGCGCCUUCAUAUCUCUCAGUGUGUUCUUAUAUACCGCUUAUCGGCCACCGUAUUUUGUGACGUUACAUUUGAUUUGGGUGAUCAUCCAUGACCGAUUAACAGACUGUUAAGUUGUAUAGACAUGUCCGAAGUACCAGAAGAUGUCGAAAUUCGAACAAAGGAGAUGCAUACGGGCGGGGAACCAUUGCGAGUGAUAGAGUCUGGCUUCCCCUCCCUCGGGGGCGACACCAUACUGGAUAAAAUUCGUUUCAUCAGGGAAAAUUUUGACGCAUACCGAAAAUUUCUGAUGUAUGAACCACGCGGUCACUAUGACAUGUACGGAGCAUUGGUAGUUCCAGCCGACAACAAGAAAGCUGACAUAGCCACGAUCUUCAUGCACAAUGAAGGGUACAGUACGAUGUGUGGACAUGCAGUUAUCGCCCUUGGACGAUACGCUGUAGAUUCGGGAUUAGUCCGGAACCCUUCCAGUCCGGAGACCCGUGUGGCCAUCCAGUGUCCGUGUGGACUGGUAGAAGCGUUUGUGGAGUAUGAAAAUGGAAAGACCGGAAACGUCCGAUUUAACAGUGUGCCGGCUUUUGUCUUCGCAACAGAUGUUUCUGUGGAUAUCCCGGAAUAUGGAAACGUGACCGUAGACAUAGUCUACGGAGGAGCAUUCUACGCCUUCGUAGCCGACGCGCAGUACAACUUCCGGUUGGGAGAGGUUCCCAUACAGGAAGUUAGGAACGCAGCCGGAGCUACUACAGGUGUUUUUAUACAUAACAAAUAAUACAAAAUGACAAAAACAUGACAAAUCAUGACAAAAAUGACAAAAUCAUGACAAAUCAUGACAAAAAUGA